GUGGUGCCUAAAGUAGCACCACAGAACACACUUGCCCCUGCUGUGGGCACGGCAACCUCUGGGGUGCCUAAAGUAGCACCGCAGAACACAACUGCCCCUGCUGUGGGCAUGGCAACCCCUGGGGUGCCUAAAGUAGCACCACAGAGCACAACUGCCCCUGCUGUGGGCACGGCAACCCCUGGGGUGCCUAGAGUAGCACCACAGAACACAACUGCCCCUGCUGUGGGCACGGCAACCUCUGGGGUGCCUAAAGUAGCACCACAGAACACAACUGCCCCUACUGUGGGCACGGCAACAUAUGGGGUGCCUAAAGUAGCACCACAGAACACAACUGCCCCUGCUGUGGGCACAGCAACCUCUGGGGUGCCUAAAGUAGCACCACAGAACACAACUGCCCCUGCUGUGGGCACACAGCAACCUCUGGGGUGCCUAAAGUAGCACCACAGAACACAACUGCCCCUGCUGUGGGCACGGCAACCUCUGGGGUGCCUAAAGUAGCACCACAGAACACAACUGCCCCUGCUGUGGGCACGGCAACCUCUGGGGUAGCUAAAGUAGCACCACAGAACACAACUGCCCCUGCUGUGGGCACGGCAACCUCUGGGGUGCCUAAAGUAGCACCACAGAACACAACUGCCCCUGCUGUGGGCAUGGCAACCUCUGGGGUGCCUAAAGUAGCACCACAGAACACAACUGCCCCUGCUGUGGGCACGGCAACCUCUGGGGUGCCUAAAGUAGCACCACAGAACACAACUACCCCUGCUGUGGGCACGGCAACCUCUGGGGUGCCUAAAGUAGCACCACAGAACACAACUGCCCCUGCUGUGAGUGUGAAGAACAGUGAAGUGUCAAAAGUUCCACUGAUUGGUAACACUGCAGGAUUGGGAAAACCAGGAGAAAUAACAAUAACAAAUGUGAGUAUUGGGGUAGGAAGUGCCGGCACACGUAAGAAGAAACGUAAAAGGAAUCGACGAGCCGCGGCAAAGAGGGGACUUGAUAAUGCAGUACAUGUACAUCAUGGGCCCCCUAAGACUCUGCCUCAAGGAACAGUCAAGACUUCUGGCACUGAGGCCGUUGGGGCUGUGGGCAGCAGCAGCACCAUCAUGAAGGCCACUAGCACCACCACCACUACCACCACCACUACUACUGGUGCUGCCGUCACGACCAUUACCCCUACUACUACCAUCACCACUACCAUCCCCACUGUUACCACCACUUCCACCACUAGUGCCCUGAAUAAGAACAGCAAUAUCAUACCUGCCAACACUACCAGUAAUGUUGCCACUACUAACACCACAAUACCCACAGCUAGUAAGAACAACAAGAAGAAGAACAGGAGGAGAAAGAACAGGAACAAUAAUAUGGUUAUGAACACAGCCACUAUUGCCAGCAGCAGCAGUAUUGUUGCCAGUGCCCCCAUCAUGACUAGUAAUGCCGUCACCAACACUACCACUGUGAGAAAUAAUGCUGUCAUCAGUGCCACCGCUACCUCUAAUUCCCCUACCGGGGUUGUCAACAUCACAAGUGCAAUGGAAAAUACUCCAACCCCCACUACUAAUCUUGCCAGCAGUAAUGCCAACACAUCCACAACUACAAGUGUCAUGAACAACAUUUCCAGAACUAACAAGAGAUCAAAGAAAAGAAAGAGGAAAGAUAAUACAGACAAACAAACUCUUGCUCCACCUCAAAAGGCACCAGUUAUUCAAAAAACAUCCAUCGCCCCCACGGGGACUACUACUCCCGGAAAUAAAACGGGGACUGUUCAGACCAGCAAUGUUGACAAUACUUUAAAGAGAAAGAGAGAAGAUUCUGUUGGUGGUGAAGGAGCCAUAGCAAAGAAAAAGAGGAAACGGAAUAAGAAAAAAGUUAUUGAUAAGAAGCCACAAGAUAACACAGCAGGCAACCCAGUGAUUAAUGCCCAGGGUAUUAAAAGUGAGGGUAAUGCAGGGCAGGUAAAGAAGGGAGUGCCGGGACAGAAGCCCACGAAUCAAGGUGGAGGUGGAAGUAGAGGCGGCAUCAGAGGUAACCGAACUUGGGGUUCACGCGGUACCUUCCAAGGUCGUGGUACGGGAGAUAGGAGAGGCAGAGGUGGCAAAGAUUUUAAAGAAAGAAGAACCUUUGGCAAUUCUCGAGGUGGUCCCAGCAACCAGAUGGGUGGCAGAGGAUCUUUUCCAGAGCGUGACAGCACCAGUUGUAACUUCAUCCCUGUAGCCUGGAAUAAGGAAGUUGGAUUUAAGAAGAGUCCUAGGGGAGCAAGAGGGGGGAAGAGCUUAUUACAGAGCAGAGGCAACACUAGUUGUAACUUGGUGGCACUGUCGAGGAGUCAAGUUGAACAGAAGGAACUGGCGCCGGCCCAAGAUGUUAUGUUCAAAGGCCAAGGAGGACGCAGAAAUAGCCAAAUUGGAGGACGUGGAAGUAUCGGUAGCCAAUUUGGAGGACGCGGAAGUAGCCAAAUUGGAGGUCGCGGAUAUAGCCAAGUGGGAGGACGCGGAAGUAGCGAAGUGAGUGGACGAGGAAGUGGCCAGGUGGGAGGAAGGGGAAAUAGCCAGAUGGGAGGAAGUGGAAGUGGCCAGGGAAGAGGACGAGGAAACAGCCAACUGGGAGGACACCAUAACAGGAAUCAAGGAGGAGGAACAGAUUUUAAGGGAAAACAGAAUUCUUGGGGUCGAGGGAACAAUCGUGGUGCCCUAGGCCAUAGAUAUCCCUUUGAACCCAGUGACCCGGACAGCCCAAAUGCAAUUCCUGUGUCUUGGAACUGGGAUGGUCAGCGCAAAGGGCCGAAAGGUCAUACAGGUGAUCUGCAACAGCAACUGAGUUCACUGGCAGGCCUCCCUGUCAACCAACAACAGCAAAGUUCCAAAGGUGGUGAGAGAUAUCCAGUUCAGGAGCCACCAGUCAUUUAUAACUCCACAGCACCUAACACUGCCAGGCCUUCGUUGGAUGUUCCCCAGUCCUCUUUCAAUACCUUAGGUCCAUCUGGUGCUCUGAGAGAGCUACAAAGUGAAUCAUCUUUCUAUUAUAAUAAUUCUGCAACAUCUGAUGUUAGAUCUUCACAUCAUGAAUCUUCAACAUUUAACAGUACACAAGGAACAUAUAAUACAAAGCAAUCACAUAAUGAGCAGUCACCCUAUUUUAACAGUUCAGUGAUGCCUAGUGUUCCAAAGUUCCCGCCGAAUGAAUAUCGAGGUUAUUUUACUACUCCGUCAACCCCCGAGGUACGACGUGUGACCAAUGAACCCUCAGACUACCCCAGCGUACUUGCAAUGCCUUAUGAACCUCUCAAGUAUUCACUAAAUGAACAAUCAGACUUUUAUAGGACUUCAGUAUCUGUUGAUGGUUCGAGGUAUUCACUCAGUCAACCCUCGGAUUUCAACAACUCUUCAGCUUUCUCCACUGAUACAAAAUAUUCAGCAAACGAGCAGCCAAACUUCAGUGUCAUGCCUGAAGCAGCUAGUAAUGUUAUGCGGUACUCAUGGAAUGACUGUUCAGAUCUCAACACGCCUGUGACUUCCUCGUAUGGAAAAUAUUCACAGAAUGACUCAUCCACUUACAUUGGUGAUCCUCAUGGACCGUACAAUGUGAAACACUCCAUUAAUGAAACUUUAGAAAUUGCUGCACGUCCAUCAACAUCAAAUUUAUUAACUGAGUCCUCUAAAUUUGUGAGCAACCCUCAAUCAUCUUCUAAUGUAAGAUACACACAAAAUGAAUAUUUCUUAAAUCCUUCAUCGUCUAAUCAGAGUCAUUUUUCAAGUGAACCCUCCAGCUUCAACAGUCACUCAUCAUCAAGUAACCCUUCAGCUUAUGCAAAUACACCUGUAUCAUAUUUUGAUAAAGGAUACUCUAUGAAUGAGUCAUCAGCAUCCUUCAACUCUCCUGUGCCAUCUACAUUAUCUUUCAUUAAUAGGCAACAAAUGAAAGCAUCUUCAGAUUCCUCUCACACCCAUGCACCAUCUCGGUCAAGAAGCCCAUUGACUAGACAUGUUUCAUCCUUUAAAGCUCCAGGUAAGUCAACUGCAGUGUCUAACGUGAGAGUUCCAAUGAAUCAACCCCCAGUCAUCUCAAAAUCUGUGAUGCCUUCAGUGGGAAACUAUUCUUUGCAAAAAUCCACAAUGCCUCGUAGAGAUCCCCAUGCAUCCGGUGGGAGAUAUACCUCGAAGACCCCCAUAGUUGCAUAUAAUACUCCUGCUCAUAAUUCAACCAUUUUGGAACAACAUUUUAAAACAUGAAUGAAACCUUCAUGAAAAUGUUAGUAAACCCAGUAGUUGAGCAACAAUUUAGAUUAUUGGUCAAACAGUGUUAUAUUCUUUUAUUCUUGUCCAGUUGAGAAUAUUACUGUUCCCUCACAGGCCACGAGGUGAGCACCUCUUAUUAUCAAAAGCAACAGAUUAUAGAUGCUGUACAGUAAAGACUCAUUUAUGUGUUGGCUUGUGAGGGAACAGACUCAACCCCCAUCUAUUGGUCUGCUUGUAUAUAUACAUCACAGAUAUGAGCAGGUAUCUCACUUUUAUGGGUUUUGCCAGAAUCCUGAUUUUUCUCCUCAAAAGAGUUGACCUGUGGGAAUCGUUUAUACCCACUGAGAAGAAGUGUGUACAGUAUGUUGGGGAUGCCUUAUGUGACCCUCAUACUCCCAAUCCUUUUCCUAUUUCUAUUCACCUCUCACAAACAUGUCUAAUGUAAGGUGUGAUUCUGAAAAAAAUCUUUGGGUCAAGAUUUAAGUCAGAUUUUUAUUGUGGAGACGCAUACGUAAAAAUGUAUGUUUAUCUUAUGUCUUUGAUUGUAAGUGUACUUUAAUUUGACACAAAUUAUCCUAAAUGAAUAUCAAAUAGAGUAGAAACUCUGAACACUGCAAUGAGGGAAUAUUUAUUAUGAUAUAUGUAGAGCAUUUUUAGUGGACCAGUUCACUUAGUUUGGUGUUGCCAUGACACUUGUUGGUGGCAGCUAAGACAUGAUCUGUUGGUAACGUGGUCCUUUUAUUGCUUAUACACUUUGCAGUAAUUGAGCUUUAAACUUAAUCAACUAUAUACUGUAUAGCAUGUUGUUCUUUACAAAGUAUUGUGGUAGUUGAGGAAUAUAACUCGGCAUUUGCUGUACAUUACAGUUGUUGCCAAAAAAAAAUAAUAAUUACAAUUGUACUCUGGACAGAGUGUAGGCUCUCCUGUAUUCAGAGCUUUUACUGUAUCUGAUAUGUCAAGUUGUUACACAUGUAUCAUAUCUUUUCUUGAGCAUCAUGGAUAAAAUAGUUUUUUUAUUAUGCAUUACUUACUCUGCAGUAGUGUACACACAAUUUGUUAACAGUGCUGGUUAUGAGUAUUAAAAAAAAUAAAAAAAAUUAAAAAUAUAUAAAGUAAAGUAUAUUUAACUUUUUUGUGAGGGAACAGUUCUGUAAAUCUUCAAAGUCCUUUAAUUGCUGAGUUAUUUUAUGCUUGUAAAGAGAUGGGGAGAUCUGAGAGGUCAUACUGAGCUGUAAAGUAGUCACCUUUAGAAACUGAGUACAAUACAGUACUGUAGUUGAUGACUUGGCAUUAAAUGUUUGGCAACAGUUGUGAACCAAUCCUCUGACCUUCAAUUUGUUUAUUGAAACUGCUUGAUGGUUCAUUGAAUUCUAGUCAGUAAUCAUCAGCUCCAAUUAAUUAUACUUUUUUAUUUUUAUCUCUUUCUCAACCUGUGACAGUGUUGAUGUUGAUGAUGAUGGCAUCUGUUCUUGUGCAGGUAACAGCAGAAUGGGUCAUCAGUAUUAAUGUUCUGAAGUGAUGAAUGCUACUUUCUUAUCAGUGAUUUUGGCCACUGUCACACUUCCUUGAAUCUUGGCUGUGUUUAAAUGUACAGUAUUUAUGUAUUAUCUGCAGUGAUUCUUGCCAGAGUUGCAACUGCUUAAGUUUGGUUGUAUAUUGACAGACUUUGAUUUUGCUACAACCAUUUUUUGCCAAAGCUACAACCUUUUUAAACUCUGCCACAGUUGGAUCUAACUUAAUUAUACUGUACCUGUAUAUCUACACUAUGUACUUCACUUAUGCUAAUAUUUUGAGUGGGAACGAGUACAGUAUACUGCUUGGUUAGCUGUAUGCUUCUGGUCACAUAAGUGCAUUUUGGUGAUACUGUACUUGACCAGGUUAUGACCUGUUGUAACUUGACAAUGUUUGAUUCCAUUGUGUAAGACUUCAUGUUAGAUGGCACAAAUGUCGCAAUACACCUCUAGAGUAACCAGAAUUUUUACAGUUUAUUUUCUCAGAUUGGUUCAUCAAGUAACAGACUGUAGUGUGAGAAGUACCAGAAUGUUUUGUGGUGGAGAGUUCUUUAUAUAAAUUGAAGCUAAUUAUUUUUUUUAAGGGGGGGGGGGAUUUAGUUUUGUUGGAAGGGAACACCAUAGCAAAACACAUUUGUUAUUACAGUUAGAGAGUUUGAGUGAGAGAGGAUGAAGGGAGAGUUAAUUAUGCUGAUGAUACUGACCAUAUUGUUGUGUAGUGAUAAAGAACGUGCAUGGUAUUAAAAGAAUUCGUACUUGCUGUUAAGGAAUACUCAAAUUGUAUCACUUAUCAAAGAUUAAAAAAAAAUUACUAAUUG